AUGCUGAAUUACAAUUCGAAGCCUCUGCUUUUUGCUCUCGUUUUUAUUCAUAGCCUUUUCAGUUCUUCACAAGGGCAACUUCUAGUGGGCUUCUACUCACAAACAUGCCCCACUGCCGAGUCCAUUGUGCACUCCGUUGUUGAUGAAAACUUUAAGCGAGACCCUGGAAAUCCUGCAGUUUUAUUAAGGCUUCAGUUUCAUGACUGCUUUGUUAAGGGCUGUGACGGGUCAAUUCUGAUUAACAAUGGUGCUGAAGGCGAGCGAGGAGCAAGAGGAAAUUUAGGAGUUGGCGGUUAUGAAAUUAUAGAAGAGGCCAAAAAAAUGCUGGAAAGCGUUUGCCCUGGAGUUGUUUCCUGUGCGGACAUUGUGGCUUUGGCCGCUAGAGAUGCUGUGUCUUUGGUUAAUGGGCAAUUUUAUGAAGUUCCAACUGGUCGAAGAGAUGGACGAGUUUCAAGUAAAUCUCUGGCUGCCAAUCUUCCCGAUGUUGAUGACUCAAUUCAGCUUCUUAAAUCCAGGUUCCAGCAAAAGGGUCUUUCCGAUAGAGACUUGGUUCUUCUCAGCGGCGGUGCGCAUACAAUCGGCCUCACAGCUUGUUUCUUCAUGCAAAAACGACUCUACAACUUUACCCCCAGCGGUGGUUCUGAUCCCUCGAUCGAUCCUGGUUUCCUCCGAGAACUUAAAGCGAAUUGCCCUUUUAAUGGCGACCCAAAUGUCAAAAUACCUCUUGAUCCAGUAACGGAAUUCAAGUUCGAUGAUCAGGUUUUUGUCAACAUCAAAAAUGGAUUCGCCGUGAUUGCGUCUGAUGCGAGGCUCUACGAUGACAAUAAUACAAGGCAGAUUCUUGAGUCUUAUAUUGGGUCAGGACAAAAUUUCCUGGCAGAUUUUGCUAAAGCGAUGGUGAAGAUGGGGAAAAUUGGCGUCAAAACUGGUUCACAGGGAGAGAUUAGGCGAGUCUGUAGUAAUGUUAACUGA